CGACGACGUAUCGUGUCAAGUUUCAUCAUCUUCUGUCUAUUACGACGCGCUCGACCUGGCAUACAGCGGCAUCGACGAUGGAGAAGAUACCAGAAAGCUUUACUUUUACCGUUGGCAAACUCGAUGCUGGAAUGGCUAUUCUGCUGGGUGAACGCGCUCACCUUAUCGAGUUUCCUUCUGUCCUCUUACCGCCCGGAGCGACGACGGGGUCGAUAGUCAGCAUUGCCGUGCACCAAAAUCACGCAGAAGAGAAGCGACGCGAGGAGGACUUUUGGUCGUUGCAGGAGGACAUUCUGAAAGAAUAUGGGGUCGUGAAGCCGUCCAAUCCUGACCUUCAACUACGCCAUGUUACCCAGACCUCAGUCACACUCGAAUGGCCAUCUAUCCAGCUCGCCACAGCAAAACUACGCUCUCUGGAUAUCUACAGGAAUGGCGAACGACUGGCAUCGAUACCGUCCCCACUGACCAACACCUCGACAAAGCUAUCCGGCCUCCAAACAGACGAAGAAUACACCUUCCAACUCAUCCUUCGAACCACCGCCGGAACUUUCCCCUCAAACAUCGUCCGCGUCCGCACCCACACCAUGACCAACACCUCAGGCAUCUCCGUAUGCUUCGGCAACGUCCAGGACUCCGUCUUUCUCGAGAACACCAAGAUGGCGCUGCGGGAAAUGAAAGCCAAAUGGAGCGACAAGAUACAAAUCGACACGACCCAUUUCAUAUGUACCACACCAGCUAUGACGACGAAUGGUGCACAAGCUACAGGGGACACCGCUGGCGCCCCCGGGAUCGAAUACCAACGAGCACUACAGCUCAGCAUCCCAGUCCUCUACCCAGACUGGGUCAUCGCAUGUUACACCGAAAAACGAAUGGUUCCCAUCGGUGCUUUUGACCUCAAAGCCGACCGAGUGACACCGCUGCGCUCCCAAUCACUAUCCCAAGUCGCUAUAAACCGCAGCCCUGACACGGCCGCCCAGCGCAAUGCCACCAAUCGCGCCUCCAUGCCGGCGACAGUCUCAUCCACCUCACCGCCCGGCACGCACUCCCCCUUUGUCAACCAACCCGCUUUCGAAUCCACGCCUGAAGAAGCUGCUGCUGCUGCUGCGGAAGAAGAGGCUCGAGCUCCUGCGACGGACGUGUCGACGAGGAGGAAGAGCAGGAGCGGGACGAUGAAUCGGGAGUUCAAGUUCCCUUCGCCAUUAUCGUCGCCCACGGUCGCGAAGCGUGAGUCCGGGGCUGCCAGUAGUAACUCGCCUCCACCUAUAUUGCGGGGUGAGCUGGGAAGGCAGGAGGGUGUUAUGACACCUUCGAGCAUAGAGGUCCCUCCGCCGCCGCCCGUGGAAAAAGAAAGAUCGACAAACAGCGUAGAUGAAACGGAGGAUGAUGUUGGGCCCACGGUAGAGGUCGAUUUGAGCUGAUCAGUGUUUAGGACUAGGACCUUUUCUCCUGUUCCUACUCUACUUAAUGAUAUAACCUAAAGGCGAAUCCCUCACCCAACAAUGCAUCCUUUCUGGGGUAUAUAUAUUAUAGCAUGGGUAACAACACAGACAGAACGCUGAACAGUCGAGAUAAUCAUGAUAAUCCCAUG